GGCGUCUUCCGCGUUGGGGCCGAAAUGCAUCUGCACCGCCAUUGCUGCCAAGAAAAAAAAUUUCUGCUUCACCUGCCAGUUUUUGAGCAUCAUCUCCUCCCCACUCUCCAUCUCUCCCAGGCCAGGCGCGCCCUGUGCUGUUCUGAAUGUUUAGAGCUACAUUCCAAUAAACACAGAGGAAUGGAGGUGCUUCAGGAGCACUGUGAUGGGUAUUACCAGAUUAACCUAAAUUCUUCGUGGCAAGGGAGAAAGGACAAACCAAUGAUAUCCUACAGUCUACCAAAAAAUGAGUAAAAUCAUACAGUCUGCGAGAAGCUGGCGUGUCAUCUCAGAGCUCUGCUGGGUGUGGCUGCAAAACAAAAUCAAACCUCUGAAUUGAACCUUGAGAAUAUGUCACUGGAUUUCACACCUCUGCUUUUGGCAGGACUGAACCCAGAGUCUCAUAUAUGUCAAGUCUUUGUCAAAGCCUCACUGGAGAUCCUCGAGAAUAACAGGCUGGAGAAGAUGGUGUUGCGCCGUCGGACACGCUGUCCCCAGGGUGCACUGACCUUCUCCGAUGUGUCCGUGAACUUCACCCCGGAAGAGUGGACAUACCUGGACUCCUCUCAGCGGAAGCUCUACAGGGACGUGAUGCUGGAGACCUACCAGCACCUGCGGGCCGUCGGUGAGAGCAGCAUGCAAGCCGACUGUGCCUGGACAGUUCUGCAUUGGCACCUGGGGGGAAGCAGCCAGCUCCGUUGGGAUGUCUCUGAUCCUGCGCUCUGUGACAAUGUGCCAAGUGAGCAAUCCUGCCCUCAGCCCCAUGGGGAUGCAAAGACAGGUGGAAUGUCUUCUGUGGGUGAUCAGAAUGGAGAGAAAGACCUCAUUCUGAAGAAGCCCUCCCCUGGGAAAAGCUCCUCACAGUCUGUUGUCCUUGAUUUUUGGACACAAACUCCCCCAAGGGGGCAGUCCCAGGACUGUGGGAGAGGAGCACCAUUUGUAGUGAAUCCCUCAUGCCAACAGGCCCACAAGCAAAGUCACCAUGGACUGACCCCGUCCAAAAUUACAGAAUGUGCAGGAGCCUUCCCAUGUCCUUGGAACUGGGAUGUUCCCUUGGAAGCCCACAGUGGACAGAAUCCCCAGGAUUGUCAAGAGGGAGAACAAACUUUGAAUCAGGUGUCAUCCGAGUGUGAUAGUUCAAAGAUCCAAACAGAAGAGAAACCAUUUAUGUGGAUACACUGGGGGAAGGCUUUCACUUCCCCCUCAAAACAUGUUAUAUAUAGGAGAGUUCAUACUACAGAGAAACCUCAUGCAAGUGAGGAAUGUGAACACGCCUUUACUCUAUCUUCACAACUUAGUGUCCACAGGGAAGUUCAUACAGGAAUGAAAACUUACUCGUGUCAGGACUGUGGGAAGGUCUUCACUUGCUACUCAAACCUUUCUCGUCACAGGAAAAGUCAUUCUGGAGAGAAACCGUAUUUAUGUCAGGACUAUGGGAAGACCUUUGCUAAUUGCUCAAGCCUUUCUAAGCACAAGGAAAAUCACACUGGAGAGAAACCGUACAUCUGUAAGGAAUGUGGGAAGGCCUUUGAUUAUCCCUCAAGACUUUCGUAUCACAUGAAAAUUCAUACUGGAGAGAAGGAUUGUGUAUGUCAGGAGUGUGGGAAGGCAUUUAGCACAUACUCCAUGCUCACUGUACAUGGAAGAAUUCAUUCAGGAGAGAAACCUUAUGUGUGUCAGGAGUGUGGGAAGGCCUUUCGCAGAACUUCAAUGCUUACUAUACAUAGGAGAAUUCACACUGGAGAGAAACCUUAUAAAUGUAAAGUAUGUGGAAAGGCCUUCACUCAUUUGUCAUCCCUUAAUAGUCAUAUGAAUACUCAUACUGGAGAGAAGCCUUAUGUAUGUCAGGAGUGUGGGAAGACCUUUAGCACAUCGUCAGUGAUUACUGUACAUAGGAGACUUCAUACUGGUGAGAAACCUUAUAACUGUAAGGCAUGUGGUAAGGCCUUCACUCAUUUGUCAUCAUUUAAAAGUCAUAUGAAUACUCACACUGGGGAGAAGCCUUAUGUAUGUCAGGAGUGUGGGAAGACCUUUCGCGAAUCCUCGUAUCUUACUAUACAUAGGAAAAUUCACACUGGAGAGAAACCUUAUAAAUGUAAGGCAUGUGGAAAGGCCUACGCUUAUUUCUCAGUCCUUAAAAACCAUAUGAAUAUUCAUACUGGAGAGAAGCCUUAUGUCUGUAAGGAAUGUGGGAAGGCCUUCACCUGGAACUCAGGCCUUAGUAGGCAUAUGAAAAUACACAGUGGUGAGAACUCUUAAGCGUUUAAAGAAUGAAGGAAGGCCUUCAUAUUUCUCUCAAGCCUUAGGAAACAGUAAAAUUCAUACUGGAUGAUUCCAUCCCCUAAUAAUAAUCCCUAAGGUCAGAACAAACCCCCUUCAAAAAAAUAAAAGUUUUGCUUGGACAAGGUUGAUCAGAGGUUGCAAAGUGCAGUUGAGAAAGAAAUAUCCCCUGUAGCAUGUGACAAGUUUCCAGUGACUUCAGUACUGUAAGGAAAAGGUAGUUGCAGAUGAUUACACAUGUCUUGACAUGGUAAUGGUUACCAUUACUUAUGCCAGUAUCCCAGCAUUUGGACUUGACGUGUAUAUUAACUUGUAAAUAAUGGAUCUUGGUGAUGGAAUCAGGUGGAAAUUGAUUAAAUAAGAACUAAGUAAACGGGUACAAAAAAUACCCUU